GUGUUUUGUUGGAGAUGAGAGUAUUAACUGCUACAUGUUUAAGUCAAAGUUAGGGUAUAUUAGGAAGAAAAGAAAUCUUUUGAGGGCACAUAGAAUGUCUACAUCAAUAAAUAAACAAUUCAUUAGAUAACAAACCCAAGAAAACAAAUGAAAAUGACUUUAAAUGCCUGUUUUAGAAAACUCAAAACUUGAUAUAAAUUCUCAUUGUCAUUGACAAGGCAACCAAGGAUAUGUAGACAAGCUCUGCGUUAUCUUUAAGGGCCACAAUAGUUUCCUGCUUUCCUUAAAAUCAAAGUUCAUCUUUCUUUUGUGCAGACUUUCAAUGGAAAUUCAGUUUCAGCAACAAAAGCAGCAGAAAAGACAGGGCAUUCCACUUAACAAAGUAAGCAAAUUCAAGGGAAGAAAUAAUAAAAGCAACAGCAAUAACAAGUUUGUUGGUGUGAGACAAAGACCUUCUGGUAGAUGGGUUGCUGAGAUCAAGGACACAACAAAAAAGAUACGGGUGUGGCUUGGCACCUUCGAAACUGCUGAAGAAGCUGCUCGAGCUUAUGAUGAAGCUGCCUGCCUUCUUCGCGGAUCAAAUACUAGAACCAAUUUCGAUACCAAUGUAAACUUUGAUUCUCCUCUUGCUUCUCGGAUUCGAAAUCUAGUUAACAACAAAAAAGGAGGUAAUAAACAGCAAAGUGCUGAACAUUUUUCUUCUUCCACCACAGUUAGUACUACUACUAGUGCUAGUUCUAGCAGUAGUUGCAUCAGCACUGGUGGCAUGACUAGUGAACAUUUACCUUCUGGUAAUAUAAUUCAAGACCUUCAAUUGUUUGCUGAUGCAUAUAAACCAGAUUUAAGUAACUGCACUGAGGAGUUUGAGUUAGGUUCUUAUCAAUCGGACCUUUCAACUGGUUUCGGAAACGUGGUUGAUCGGUUUUCAUUUACUCAAGAAUUGUUGGAUUUUCCGAAGAACGGUGGUGCUUUGCCUGAGGCUAAGGACUUGGAGUUUACAGAAUUUGACAGGAUGAAAGUUGAAAGGCAGAUUUCAGCUUCCCUUUAUGCCAUUAAUGGAGUUCAAGAGUACAUGGACACUGUGCAUGAUCCUACUGAAGCUUUUUGGGAUCUUCCACCAUUCUGUUCAUUGUUCUGUCAAAUUUGAUCAUGGUUAAGACGGUCAUGAAAUGUUCUCUUUCCUUUUUAAUCUUUGUUUUUGUUUCUUUCAUUGGAAAAGUUAGAAGUAUAUGAUAUAGGAUUUGUUAUCAGGUUACAGUAACAUAAGGAAUAUCAAAGAGAUUAGUUUCUCUUCCCUCAACUUGUUCUUUCUAGAUAAUUUUUAUUAUUGCAAUAGCUAAAGACAUGAU